AUGGCAUUCAGGGACCAUCACAGUGAGAGAUACACAGUGGCCUGGGAAAAACAUUUAAGAGGUGAAGGGACCACUGCAGCUUUGAGGGAGAAUUCCAGUCCAGAGGAUCAUGGUGAACAGACAUGGGAAGAGCCAGACCCAUAUAAGUCUGGGGCUGCGAGGAGCAGCGAGAGCCCUGCCGGGGCUUCCCGGGGUCGGCGCUUCCCGCGCUCCGUGCGGGGGCGGCGCGGCGGCCUUGGCCCCUCGCGGCUGCUGCCGGCCGGGCCUGGUCGGCUCGCACAGCCCUCCGCCGCUCCAUCCCGGCCCCAGAGCCAGCGGGGAGCGCUGGGGAUCAGCCCCUGCCUCUGCUUGCGGCUGGGAGAGCAAAAGCCAGGUGCCGGCCUAGGGCGGGCGGAUAGCGCUGCAGGUCUGUGCGUGGGGCUCCCUGAGUCCCUGCCUGCCCAUUUAUCUAGUCAGAGUGAGGUGACGACAAGAGUCGUUCAGAGACUGUGUGAAAAAAAGAAGAAGAACAUCCUUGCAUAUGGAUACUCCUUACCAGAUGAAAACAGUUCUCAAUUCCCAGUUGUGCCAUUUUCAAAGAUACACAGCUACCUACCCAAUACUGCCACAGAAACUCUUCGUAUCAGCGGCUUCUGGGAGACACUGUUGAGCCGGAUAGGGGAUGAUGUGAUGAUGUAUUUGUUGGAACACUGCGCAGUCUUUAUGAUGGUUCCCCCUAGUAAUUGUUACCAAGUUUGUGGGCAACCGGUUUAUGAACUUAUUCCACAUAAUGUAGACUCAUCCCUGGUGUUUGUUAGACAAAGGUUCUCAAAGCAUAAACAUACUAGCUUGAUAAAAUAUAUACGGAAAAGGCUUAUGUUUCAUAGAAAUUAUCUUCUAAAGCUGUAUUUGUGGAAAUACAGACAAAGAUUUGAAAACAGUGUCUUCAGAUUGAGAAAUGAAGGAAAUAACAAGAGACAAAGUCUAGUGCCUACUGACCAGUGUUCUGCAGAAGCUGUUUCUAAAGUGAGCAAACAAAUCGGAACAGUUACUGAACAUCAGGAAAAACAGAGUAGCUCCAGUUCACGUGUUUCAGCUACAACUCCAUCUCUGAAAAGGAGGAUUCAUAGAGAACAACCCGAAAUUCCAGCCAAGAGAGCAAAAAUAGGGGAGAAAGUGAGAGAGGAAAAGGCUUGUAGUCUUGUUCUUGAUGUAAACCAAAGUAGUUCCAAGAGAUCUGAAACUGGGUACGUAGCUACAGCUCCAUCUCUAAAAAGGAAGAUUCGUAGAGGACAACCUGAAAUUCCAGCCAAGAGGGCAAAAAUAGGGGAGAAAGUGAGAGAGGAGAAGGCUUGUAGUCUUGUUGGUGAUGUAAACCAAAGUAGUUCCAAGAGAUCUGAAACUGGGUACGUAGCUACAGUUUCAUCUCUAGAAAGGAAGAUUCACAGAGAACAACCUGGAGUUCCAGUGAAGAGGACAAAAAUAGGGGAGAAAGUGAGAGAGGAAAGGGCUUGUAGUCUUGUUGGUGAUGUAAACCAAAGUAGUUCCAAGAGAUCUGAAAUGGGGUAUGUAGCUACAGUUCCAUCUCUGGAAAGGAAGAUUCACAGAGAGCAACCUGGAGUUCUAGCCAAGAGGGCAAAAAUAGGGGAGAAAGUGAGAGAGGAAAAGGCUUGUAGCCUUGUUGGUGAUGUAAACCAAAGUAGUUCCAAGAGAUCUGAAACUGGGUAUGUAGCACCCUGUUCUGAAAGUGUCAUUAAAACCCCCCAUAUUUCCGAAAGAAGUAGCAGUACCGUGUCUCGUCAUUCUUUGGUUCACACAUCUCGUGGCAGGAGGAAGUUUGUGGCAGGUAAAAGCUCUUCUCUGCAGAGAGUUCAUACUAACAGGCCUUUAGAGUCCAACACUGAAGUGCAAGCAGAAUCCCAUAGGAAAAGAGUAGAGAUGCAUAUGUAUGAAUCUCUGUUGGCUUCAGGACAAACCAAAUCCAUGGAGGGUACUUCAAAAUGCAGAAGGCAAGAAAGUCCCCAAUCGCCAUUAUCAAAGAAGUUACCAAAUAGAUUCCUGAGUUCUGCAGUAUACAUUGAGAGGAAGUCUCUUCUGUAUUCUUGCAGGAGUCUCCAAGAAUGUUUUCCUAAAUCAUUUGUAUUGAAUUGCUUGCAGGGCUCUCAGGCAGGUGGAAGACUGCUUAUAGAAGCUAUAUUCUUAAGCCAAAAUCAGGUGCAGCAAAGGCAUAACCAAAGUCUGCCAGAACACAAGCGGAGAAAGAAGAGGUUGCCCAAGCGCUACAGGCAAAUGAGGCAUACAUUUCAGAACCUGCUAAAGAACCAUGGAAAGUGUGCUUACCUAGCUCUCUUGAGAAAAAAUUGCCCCAUUCGGAUGUCUGAAAUCAGUAUGAGAAAAAUCAUGCUGUCUUGUCGGGCAGCCUUGCCUGGGGAAGCAGAGGUUCAGAAGCAAGCAAAACAGUUUGGGAAAGAGCCUGCUAAGCGUGUGAAAAGCAGCAGAUGUCAGUCUGGUCACACUGAUGUACCAGACAACUUAGAUGCUCCCAUUCCAGAAUCUGUGUGUGAGGAGUCACCACCAAGUGAGGAGCAAAACCUGGUAGAGACACAUGAUUCAGUCCUCAAGGAGCUCCUCAAGCAGCACAGCAGCCACUGGCAGGUGUACAUGUUUGUGAGGGAUUGCCUGGAGAAGGUCAUCCCUUCUGAGCUUUGGGGUUCAAACCACAACAAGUGCCGGUUUCUAAAAAAUGUCAAAAUGUUCAUUUCUGGGGGAAGGUUUGCUAAGGUUUCAUUGCCAGAGUUGAUGUGCAGGAUGAGAGUGAAUGACUGCAUGUGGCUUCGUCUAGGCAAAGGUGAUCACUUUGUUCCUGCCGAUGAACAUUGCUUCCGUGAAGAACUUCUGGCCAAAUUCCUGUACUGGAUGAUGGGUACCUAUGUUGUUGAGUUGCUCAGAUCAUUUUUCUAUGUCACCGAGACCAUGUUCCAGAAAAACAUGCUCUUCUACUACCGAAAGUUUAUUUGGGGCAAGUUACAGAACAUUGGAAUUAGAAACCAUUUUGUCAAACUACAGCUACGGCCUCUGUCUUCAGAGGAGAUUGAAACUAUCCGUCAAAAAAAGUUUGUUCCAAUGGCAUCAAAGCUCCGGUUUAUUCCCAAACGAAAUGGGUUGAGACCUAUAGUAAAAGUGAGCGGUGUUGUCGAACCAGGAGCACUCAGCAAGGAAAGCAGAGAAAAAAAGAUGAAUUGUUAUAACACUCAGCUAAAAAAUCUGUUUAGUGUGUUAAAUUAUGAACGGACUAUAAACACCAGUUUUAUAGGCUCUUCAGUGUUUGGGAAGGAUGAUAUCUACAAGACAUGGAAGCAAUUUGUUAAAAAGAUUCUUGAAUCUGGUGGUGAAAUUCCUCAUUUCUACUGCGUUAAGGCUGAUGUGUCCAGGGCUUAUGAUACCAUCCCUCACAAUAAACUUGUGGAAGUGAUUUCGCGGGUCCUGAAGCCUGAGAAGAGAACCGUGUACUGCAUACGGCGCUAUGCUGUGAUUAUGAUAACCCCAAGUGGAAGAGCCAAGAGGCUCUAUAAGAGACAUGUUUCUACCUUCAAGGACUUUAUGCCAGACAUGAAGCAGUUUGUGUCCCAGCUUCAGGAGAGUGUCUCAUUGCAGAAUGCAAUAGUAGUUGAACAGAGCUUAACUUUCCAUGAGACAAGUUCCAGCCUGUUUAAUUUUUUCCUUCAAAUGAUACAUAACAGCAUCCUGAAGAUUAGAAACAGGUUCUACUUACAGUGCUGUGGAAUUCCACAGGGCUCCAUUUUGUCAAGCUUACUUUGCAGCUUAUUCUAUGGAGAUAUGGAAAACAGAUUGCUCUCUGGAAUACAGAAGGAUGGAGUCCUAAUACGUCUCAUUGAUGAUUUUUUGCUGCUUACACCACAUUUAAUGAAGGCAAGAACUUUUGUAAGGACUCUAGCAACAGGUAUUCCUGAGUACGGCCUUUUAAUAAACCCAAAUAAGACAGUGGUGAAUUUUCCUGUUGAUGAUAUCCCAGGAUGUUCCAAAUUUAAACAGCUGCCAGAUUGUCGUUUGAUCCCGUGGUGUGGUUUGUUACUAGAUAUAAAAACACUCGAGGUUUACUGCGAUUACUCCAGUUACACCUGUACUUCUAUCAGAUCAAGUCUUUCCUUCAAUUCAAAUGUAACAGCUGGGAAAAACAUGAAAUACAAACUGAGUGCAGUCCUCAAACUGAAAUGUCAUAGUUUAUUUCUUGAUUUACAGAUCAACAGCCUUAGAACAGUUCUCAUUAACAUCUACAAGAUAUUUUUACUCCAGGCUUACAGGUUCCAUGCCUGUGUUAUCCAAUUUCCAUUCUACCAGCAAGUUAGAAAAAAUCCUCGUUUCUUCCUAAGGAUUGUUUCUCAGACUGCAUCAUGCUGCUAUGCUAUCCUGAAAACAAUAAAUGCAGGGAUUGCUGAAGGUAACAAAGAUGUAUCUGGCAUAUUCCCUAUUCAGGUAGCAGAAUGGCUCUGCUACCAUGCCUUCAUUGUCAAACUGUCAAAUCACAAGGCUUUUUACGAAUGUCUGCUUAAACCCUUAAAAGUCUGUAAGAGGAGGCUAAUCAGGAAGAUCCCAGAGGAUACUGUGGCACUACUGCGGGCAGUGACAGAACCAUCUCUUUGUCAAGAUUUCAAAGCUAUCCUGGACUAACUGAUUGAGGUUUAGUUCAUAAUUUUCCCACAUUUGAAAAUAAAUACUGUGUCUUUGGGUGACUUCUCUGUAGUUUAGUUUGGUGGAGUGGCCCAAAAGCAAGUUCACUCAGAAGUUUUAUGUGUUUGCUUCUUAGAAGACACAAAAAGAGCAGACAGUUUUGUUAAUACCUUCUUGUUUGGGUUUUUGUUUGUGGGGUUAUUUUUGUAAAUUCACAGGCUGUUUGAGGUAAUUUACUUGGCUAUGUUCCAUGAUUCCCAUCUUCUUGAUGGAGGAAUCAUUAAACUAUGUUCUGUAUAAAAUUAUUUAUAUUUUUGUUUCAGUGAGUUGUCUUGAAGAGGUGUUUUUUACUUAUCUGUGUUGCAGACUAUUUUAUAAUAAAUUGUCUGGUUAAUUGCAAUACCA